UUCAUGGAGCUGUCAGUGGUUGGAAUAUUUUGUCUCAGGCAGAAAGCCAUUUAGGUUCAUUCCUGUUUUGGGUGUCCAUGGGAUGAUCCAUAGUUGUUGUGCGGUUUAGAUAAAUAGUGCACUGAAAGAAAGAAAAAAAAACAUUUACAAAAAGUGAAUAAAAAAAAUUGGAACGAAAUAUUUGGACGAGCAUCUUGUGAUUCAAGAGAAAUGGACGACUUGGAUGGAAUACGUUAACAGAUCAAAAUGGUUCAGUAACCGGCGAGCAAAUGAACUAAGGAACUUCGGAGUAUUUACGUCGACGAAUGUGAAAAGAGGAGGAUUCAAUGAAUUGAUAAAGAAUAUCUUGAAUAUUUUUGUGGAAACGAAUGAGUUGUGAUAAAUGUUGACGAUUGAUGUGGCUGAAACAAGUUCAAUGAACGAAAUCCUGUGAAAUGACAAAAAACAGUGACGUUUUUUUUAUCGACAUGAAAUGGAAGCAUAAACAAGUUCAGUGUAUCAGAAAACGACAAUUUUUCACCGCCAUUAGACUCGGAAGAAUAUAAAGAUCUCCUAGUAACAGGAUUGAAUUACGAUAUUAUGGAAGGACUCGUUAAAGGCGAGUUCCCACCGGAACAACCGUAUCAUGCUCAGCAUCAAAUGCAACAGCAAAUGAAUUUGCAGAUGCAAAUUCAACAACAGCAGCACCACCCACAACAACAGCUGUUUCAAGCACAUCAACCAGUAAACGAUCAGUUACUCGAACAACAAUUGGCCCAAAUGCCAUUUAUGUCAGCAAUAGCCGGAAAUGCAAAUCCACCACACUUCGCCAAACAUCCGAAUUUAACAGAAAUAAAUACAAAUUACGAUUUCACGGUGGGCGUGCCACCAGACCAAGCGAACAAUGUCGUCUUCUCGCAACAAAAAUUGUUCAUCAAAAUGGAUUCCAAGAUGACAUUCUGCGUAACAUAUCGUGAACAGGUUAAAGACGAAAGAUUGUUCCUGCGAGUAAUGAUUCUAUAUUCGUCGACCGAAAAUAUGCAUUUGCCGGUAAAUCGAUGUGCGAAUCAUCAAUAUCGCCAAUCGAAUGAAGAAAUUCAGCAAAACAAUGCCAUCGUAGAUAAGGAUGCUCGAUUCGCGAGCAUCAUAAAAAUCAACAAUCCGGCUGCAAUGUAUAGAGGAAAGAAGACUGGUGAAACGUUUGGCGAGCGUUUGUCAGUGAUUAUACCACUUGAUAGUGAUGAAUUUGAUGCCGAUGGCAACAUUACACAGUUGAUUUGCAUGGAAUUCGGUUGUCAGAAUUCCUGUACAUCGGGCAUAAAUCGACGACCAACAACAUUGGUCUUUACACUUGAAAAUGAAUUCUAUCAUCUCCUUGGAAAAGGAACGAUCGAGUUUAAAGUUUGUAGUUGCCCAAAACGUGAUGCGGAACGCGAGAAAGAGGCGCCGAAAGGAAAACGCAAUCUGGAAAAAGCAUGUCCACGGGGAAAACGUCCCAAAUAUUCCGAACCAGCUAGAAUGGUUAAAACAGAACCCGAGUCCGAAUCGGACAACAACGAUGGAACAUCCAAUGACACAAAGUCGGUGUCAAUGACACAGCUCACAAUUACCGUGCCAACGGAAUUAGUUGCUGAACUAUUGCGAGAUGCUCAGGCCAAAGUGGCCUUAAAACUAUUCAGAGAUGGAAAAAAUCACGUAUCGCAAUACGAAGCAUGCUUGAAGGAGCUUCGAAAAAUUGAAAAAUGCAACGAAAAAAAAUAAUAGUAUUUAAGCAAGUUGAGCAUGCAAUUACUGCCGAAAAUGCUAUUUAAAUGCCGUCUUUCAAUUUGCGGGUUUUUUUAUUUCAUCUCAAUUUAGUCACAAUAGGUUACAAAUUUUUUUUUUUAGAAAAAAAUAUAUGCAUAAAAUUCAUCUUGGACGCUAAUAUCGACGAAAAUUAUUGAUAUUUUUUUUUCAAAACUCUAUCAUGCCCGAAAAAAGGAUUUGCGCCUAGAUAAUAAUUGUCAUGUUUUUGUUUUAAAGUUAUUUCAUUUUAUAUAUUUACUUUUUUUAUUUUCGAGCGGUUGGCUCACGAAAAAACUACAAAAUUAUCAGUACAACUUUUUUCAUACAAUCUCGAUCGAUCGAUUUUGUUAAUUAAUACAAAAAACAAAAAAUAAAACUAUUUUUUAUGGCUGACAACAAGCCGAAAGCAAGAAAAAAUUGAAGAAAAAUAU